CGUUCUUUGCAGUGAUUGGCUCAUUUUAAGCUGUGCUGAACAGGCGUUGGGUAAUCAAGCAUAAAAAAAAUUCACAAUGUUUACAUCUUUUACAAAAGUUAUUCAAAAUUACUAAGAAGGCGGUUGCUCUACGGAAGUUUUCGAGAAAGAAUUGUAAGACAGAAAAGAAAGAAAGAAACUGUUAGAAGGGGAAAACGAUGUCAUUUGAAGCAUUAUUAUUCUCUGUUGACGAUUCUAUUAAUUCGGAGCAACGAGUUGAAUUACGGAAAAGAAUAGAUGGUGGAGAUCCUAACUUGGAAAUAUUCGAUUUAAACGAUGUUCAACAUGAAAUUGAUUAUGAGGAAAGUUAUGCAAGGAAACUAAAGGAAAUGUUAUCAAAAAGGGUUAAUAGAGUUUUUCUGAUAAAUUCUCCAAAUCUUUGUAAAAUUGUAGAUGAGGAUGACUUUACUGUUGUUAAUGAUCCACUGUUGGAUGAUGAAACUCAAACUGUCGUUAGAAAUCUUUUUGCAACGGAAAGAGGAAAAGGAAAAAAGCAAAGUAAAUUAGUCUUGCUAUCUCUUAGUAAAGAAGAAGACCAACUACCGAAUGGAUUAUUACAAAUAGAACAUGUUUGUAUGUUGGAUAAUGACGGAAAUAUCGAUCCGCAUAAAAUAAAUAUUGUUAUUGGAUUGUCUCGACUAACAGUACAGAAAGAGAAAGAGAAAAAGGAAAAAGACACUGGCUGUAUAAUUGUCUAAAAACGUGACCGUCGUAUGUCGUAAAAUUAGCGUAAACACAAAUAUGGCAGACAAUAUGCAGGCGUGACUGACUACUGAUCACUGAACCUGCAAAACAACUUUGUCUUGUGAAUUUUUAGAAUUUAUUAGAGUGGCUUUUGCUUAUUUAUUUUUACUCGAGAUAUCACCACAUAUUUUAUAAUGUGUUAUUAA